AUGGACUGGUAUAUGUCAAGCCUCUCGUCUGCCACCUCGGGCCCGACAGACAAUCUUCUCUACAUGUAUGAGAAUGCGUACCAGGGUUUUGCAGCAUCCUUGGAGCCGGAACAGGCAGAGGCUCUAAGAAAGCAGAGCUAUGUCCUUGGGAUGUAUGAGGAUGUCCCACUGAAGCUCCACACGACCCACACGCCCAGCUUCCUGAAGAGUCAAAAAGCUUCAACGACUCUGGGUUUCCAGAGAUCCCAGCACGAUGGAAGUGCAAAUGUGAGAUGGGACCUGAUUUCGAUCCCCUCCGCUGUAAUAAAAAGCUCAUCGGAGCACAAUUCAUCUCGAAGGGGUAUACUAAUGCUGAGUUGUAAUCGAUUUACUCGGUACUACUACGUGCAUGUAGAAGGAAAUACCACCGGUGUACUCUCACCUAGGGACCACCAGGGACAUGGGACCCACACCGCGAGCACAGCUGCUGGUUCACCUGUCCCGGGUGCCGCCUUCCUAGGGAAAGUUAUGGGCACUGCACGCAGCAUGGCUCCCCAUGCACGUGUAGCAAUCUACAAGGUUUGUUGGGAUAGUAAUUGUUGGAAUUCUGAUAUACUCGCCGGGAUGGACCAGGCUAUAAAGGACGGCGUGGACAUCAUGUCCUUAUCACUUGGCGGAUCUGACAUGUUCUAUUUCGAUAACUCGGUCACAGUUGGGGCAUUUACUGCAAUGGAGAAGGGAAUUUUUGUGUCUGCAUUGGCCGGUAAUGAGGGCCCAGAGUCUGGGACGGUGAAAAAUGGAGCUCCAUGGAUCAUGACAGUCAGUGCAUCAAGCAUAGACCGCGAUUUGCCAGCAAACAUUUUCCCUUGGCAAUGGACAACAAUCACUGGGUUAUCAAAGUAUGCACAAGCAGGAUUAGACAAACCAGUUGGUCUUGUUUACAACAAGGGAAUCCAUGGAAGCAAUAUGUGCUUGAAUGGUACAUUGGAUCCUGCAGCAGUUAAGGGAAAGGUGGUGCUAUGUGACCGAGGGGGGAAUGAGCGGGUGGAGAAAGGACUGGUUGUGCGCAAUGCUGGAGGGAUUGGAAUGAUACUUGCAAACACACAGACUAGCGAUCGGGAUUUAGCGUCUGACCCCCACUUUCUACGGGCCGUGAUGGUUGGAGUCACGACUGGCAAUACAAUGAGGCAAUAUGUGAUGUCCGAUCCUAAUCCAAUUGUCAGAGUUACUUUCACUCCGUACCGGCUCAAUGUGAGGCCAGCUCCUGUGGUGGCAAAGUUCAGCUCUAGAGGGCCCUACAACCCAUCCGUUCAAAUACUAAAGCUCGAUGUGAUUGCUCCCGGUGUUGACAUUGUGUCUGCUUGGACAAAUGAUGCCCCUCCUACGAAGAGCCCAUUUGAUAAAAGAAGGGUUCAGUUCAAUAUCGAAUCAGGAACGUCUAUGUCAUGCCCCCAUGUUAGUGGACUUGCCGCCCUGCUGAGAGCGGCCCAUCCAGAGUGGAGCACAAGUGCAAUCAAACGGCCCAUCACCGAUGGCAAAGAUAGCUCAGUCGCCGAUCCAUGGACCUUGGGCUCUGGCCAUGUGGAUCCGCAAGAGGCUCUUUCCCCUGGCCUGGUUUACAACCUUACGAGGGAUGACUAUAUGGCAUUCAUCUGUGGACUCAACUACACCAUAGAGCAGGUGCAGUUGGUCGUGAGAGAUCCAAGUGUGAACUGCUCGAGGAAAUUCUCUAACCUAGGUGAGCUCAACUAUCCAUCGUUCUCAGUCAUAAUGAACGAGAAUAGGACAGUGAUUGACUACGCCCGGGAGGUCACCAAUGUUGGAGCCCCCGGGUCCACCUAUCAAGUAGCAAUUGCCACCCCGCGCUCCGUGGCAGUGAACGUGCAACCAAUGACGCUGGCUUUUGGGCCAGUUGGUGAUAAGAAGAGAUACACGGUGACAUUUGCCGCAAAUAGUACAAACGGUACAGACAUAGACAAGACGUACGGUUUCAUUACAUGGUAUAACAGGGAGCACCGAGUUAGGACCCCGAUGGUCUUCACCUACAUGUUGAGUUGA